AUGCCAAGUGUGCUCUCUGAUGAUGAAGAGCUUCUCAAUGGACUGGGAAGUGAGAUGAUGAAGCCCUUGAAACAAGGUAAUUACAUGGCGAGGACCGUUAAAAGGUGGGUAAGUAACAAAUCUACUAUUGCCACAGAACCCACAAAUGUCAAUGUUGAUGGAGUUCAUGGACCGGUAAAUGCCGAAAGUUAUAUCUCCCCUGGACAGCUUUAUUCCACCGACUCAGGCAAUUUAUUCCAUGCUGGAAGAAUUCUCGUCGUUCUAGUGGGCCUUCCAGCAACAUCGAAGACCCUAUUAUCAGUAGCGAUUACAAGAUAUACUAGAUGGUUGGGGGUCAGGACAAAGUCAUUCCAUUUUUCAGAAUAUAAAAAAACUGCUACCGACAUACCUUCCGAUUAUUUCUGCGUAGUUCCAAAAUCAAAAGAAGGGGUGGCGUUUGUUGAAAAGCUCCGCAGAAAGAUGGUCAAUGAUAUACUUUCGUUUUUCAAUGACACGUCUGGUCAGUUAGCUAUUUAUGAUGCCUUGAAUAUUCGUAAGAUUGAUAGAAAAAAUCUGGAAGCAGCCUUUUCUGAAAUUGGUGUUAAAGUGCUUUUCAUCGAAUCGAUCGUAUCUGAUCAAGAGAUCAUGAACAGAAACAUAGCUCUCGUGUUACAGUCAAGCGAUUACAAGGGACUUUCAACGAAUGAGGCCAUUGACGAAUAUAUGAGACGUUUAUCAGUUAACGAACCAUAUUAUGAAAUGAUGACGCAUGACGAAGAAUUGUCGUACAUUAAAUAUAUAAAUCUGGGAAAGCAGAUAAUUGUGAAGGAUAACAUACACGGUUACUUAGUCAACAAGAUUGUUUUCUUCUUAAUGAAUCUGAGACAGAAAAAAGGCUGUGUUUAUUUUGCCCGCUGUGGUACAAGCGACAAAGAUCGCUACAUCCAUGAUGAAGAACUGAAUGAAGAGGGGAUUCAUUAUUCCAAAGUGCUCAAAGAUUUUGUGCUCAAAAGAAUUAAGCAGAAGAGACUAGCAAAAAAGAACUCCGAUUCUUUGGUUGAAGUAAUCGAUGGAAGCUAUGAGGAAGAUUUGAAGACAUCUUUAAUAGUCUGGACUGGUCCCAGGAAAAGAACUCACGAUACUGGUCUUUUUUUCUCAAGGGAAGGUAUCAAAGUUCAGCAGCGAUCUGAAUUGAAACAGUUAAAUCCAGGAAGCAUUGCCGAUCUCACGAACGAACAAAUAAUGAAGAAAUUCCCUUCAGAAUAUAAAGAAUCUCUGAAAGAUCCAUAUCAUUUCAGAUUUCCCAGAGCGGAAUCAUACCACGACUUGGCUGUUCGUAUGGAACCUUUACUGUUAGAAAUGGAACACACGAGCAAAGACAUUCUCAUCAUUGCCCAUGAGUCAACCUUAAGAGUUCUGUAUGGGUAUUUGAUGGCUUGUACUUGCGUAGAACUACCAAAUCUAGACUUCACAAGAGACAAGUUGGUUGAAAUUUCGUUCAGCCCCUUUUGCAACAAGGUCGAAUUAUUGGGCAUCCCUUUAACUAGCUGA